AAUAGCUGCUCUUGAUUGAAGAUUGAUUUCUCUCUCAGACGUGCUACGGAAUCGGUUCCCCCUUGGUUCUUUCAUUAGUCACCGAAAAAGUCCUCUGUUCGUUAUGGCGCCCCCGCGCCAGCGAACUACAGCUGUUCAGGACGACUCACGGUCCGAAGCUUCCAGCACAACGACGAAGGAAUUGAAGGCAGCGGCAGCUAGAGGCAGGAAAGGUGCUAAUGUCGGCAAUGCCACCGCCGUCUCACGAGACCUUAAAUCCACAUCCAAUGUGACUAGCGCGCCCGCUACACAAGGAGAGCAAACGGACAAUCUCCCAAGAAUCCCUUGGUCCGAGAUGCCCCUCGAGUUUCUCCACUCCUACCGACACGCCUAUAAAUUGACCUGCCCAAGUGCACACUCGAGCGAAUAUGCACAUAACCUUCUUUCAAGGGGAAUUGGCCUCCUAUCGCCAACAGCUAUUGCUGCCCGGCGAGCCCAAAAUCACGGUUCGCAACCAUCGGACGGGUCGUUAAAAUCACACCAUAAUCGCAGCCGCCCCAAUGGCACAAGCGGAGACCCCCAGAACUCCUUCUCGAAGCGAUCCGGCCCACACAAUGGAAAGGGCACAUUGAACCAUAUUAUCAGCCAGGACCGUGUAGCUAAGAGCCAGCUCGCUACGGCUGUCCGCAAACAUUUCAACAGCGCAGGACUUGUGGAGCAGGAGGCCAUUGCACGGUUCCUGUACAAAGUCCGUGAAGAAGGUCGAGGCCGGCAUUUCCGUCUCAAAUUCCAGCCAUGA